GUAACACUCGCGAGAUUGAACGAGGGGAUAAGUUGAGGAAAUAUGGCGACGUCUAAUUUGUUAAAGAACAAAGGGUCCCUCCAGUUCGAGGACAAAUGGGAUUUGAUGCGGCCAAUUGUCCUGAAGCUGCUUCGUCAAGAGUCUGUGACCAAGCAGCAGUGGUUCGACCUGUUCUCAGAUGUCCAUGCCGUCUGCCUGUGGGAUGAUAAAGGUCCUGCAAAGAUCCACCAGGCACUGAAGGAGGACAUCUUAGACUUUAUCAAGCAAGCUCAGGCUCGAGUACUCAGCCAUCAGGAUGACACCGCUCUGCUCAAGGCCUACAUUGUGGAGUGGAGGAAGUUCUUCACGCAGUGUGACAUCCUACCCAAGCCUUUCUGCCAGCUGGAGAUCACUUUGAUGGGCAAACAGGGCAGCAACAAGAAAUCUAAUGUGGAGGACAGUAUAGUGAGGAAGCUCAUGUUGGACACUUGGAAUGAAUCCAUCUUCUCGAACAUCAAGAACCGCUUGCAGGACAGUGCCAUGAAACUGGUCCAUGCAGAGAGGCUAGGAGAGGCCUUCGAUUCACAGCUGGUCAUUGGGGUGCGGGAGUCAUAUGUGAAUCUGUGCUCCAACCCAGAGGACAAGCUGCAGAUCUACAGGGACAACUUUGAGAAGGCGUACCUGGACUCCACUGAGAGAUUCUACAGGACACAGGCGCCCUCAUACCUGCAGCAGAAUGGCGUGCAGAAUUACAUGAAAUAUGCAGAUGCUAAGCUGAGGGAGGAGGAGAAACGUGCACUUCGGUAUUUGGAGACGCGGCGUGAAUGUAACUCUGUCCAAGCACUUAUGGAAUGUUGUGUGAAUGCUCUUGUGACGUCCUUCAAAGAAACCAUUCUGGCAGAAUGUCCUGGCAUGAUCAAACGCAACGAAACUGACAAGCUGCACCUGAUGUUCUCGCUCAUGGACAAAGUCCCCAGUGGAAUUGAACCCAUGCUCAAGGACCUGGAGGAGCACAUCAUCAAUGCUGGACUAGCAGACAUGGUAGCUGCGGCUGAGACCAUCACUACUGACUCUGAGAAGUACGUGGAGCAGCUUCUCACUCUCUUUAACCGCUUCAGCAAAUUAGUGAAGGAGGCAUUUCAGGAUGACCCUAGGUUCCUGACCGCCAGAGACAAGGCAUACAAAGCUGUGGUUAAUGAUGCCACAAUAUUUAAGCUGGAACUGCCAACGAAACAGAAGGGUGUGGGCUUGAAAACACAGCCGGAGUCCAAGUGUCCAGAGCUGCUGGCCAACUACUGUGACAUGCUGCUGAGGAAGACUCCGCUCAGCAAGAAGCUCACCUCGGAGGAGAUAGAAUUAAAACUAAAGGAAGUGCUAUUGGUGUUGAAGUACGUCCAGAAUAAGGAUGUCUUCAUGCGGUAUCAUAAAGCCCAUUUAACGAGGCGUCUGAUCCUGGACAUCUCAGCAGACAGUGAGAUAGAGGAGAACAUGGUGGAGUGGCUCAGGGAAGUAGGUAUGCCUGCAGAUUAUGUAAACAAGCUUGCCCGGAUGUUCCAGGAUAUCAAAGUGUCAGAGGAUCUCAACCAGGUCUUUAAGGAGGUGCAUAAACACAACAAAUUAGCAUUACCAGCGGACUCUGUCAACAUCAAGAUCCUGAAUGCGGGUGCGUGGUCACGAAGCUCGGAGAAAGUCUUUGUGUCCCUGCCGACAGAGCUGGAGGAUUUAAUCCCUGAGGUGGAGGAGUUCUACAAGAAGAACCACAGUGGCAGGAAGCUGCACUGGCACCACCUCAUGUCCAAUGGGAUUAUCACAUUCAAGAAUGAGGUGGGGCAGUAUGACCUGGAGGUGACCACUUUCCAGCUGGCUGUUCUCUUUGCCUGGAACCAAAGACCCCGAGAGAGGAUCAGUUUUGAGAACCUGAAACUGGCCACAGAGCUGCCGGACGCAGAGCUCAGGCGGACGCUGUGGUCUCUUGUUGCCUUCCCAAAGCUGAAACGUCAAGUCCUGUCAUAUGAACCUCAAGUUGGCUCACCCAAAGACUUCACUGACAGCACGCUGUUUUUCGUCAACCAAGAGUUCUCCUUGAUAAAAAACUCCAAGGUCCAGAAGAGGGGCAAAAUCAACCUGAUCGGCCGUCUCCAGCUGACCACGGAGAGGAUGAGAGAAGAGGAGAACGAAGGCAUCGUCCAGCUGAGAAUAUUAAGGACGCAGGAAGCCAUCAUCCAGAUUAUGAAGAUGCGCAAGAAGAUCACCAACGCACAGCUGCAGACGGAGCUGGUGGAGAUCCUGAAGAACAUGUUCCUGCCGCAGAAGAAGAUGAUCAAAGAACAGAUCGAGUGGCUCAUCGAACACAAAUACAUCAAGCGGGACGAGACGGACAUUAACACCUUCAUCUAUAUGGCGUAGCGGAGACAUAUUUGCAGACACUAAGGAGGAGAUUGACAACAACGAUGAUGAUGAUGAUGAUGACUUUGAUGAGAAGGAGGAGGGUGUUGCCGGUGGGGGGGUUUCGUCCGUAAUAGGAACGGGAUGCCUCCUGGAUCCUGCCCUAGCUGCCGGCCCCCUCGUCUGCACACAAAACGGGCUGGUUUUAAGAUCAACAGUCACAAUUCAUUAUAGCCAGAAGAAGAAAAGAAAAAAAAAACACAACAACAAAACAAUCCCUGCCUUAUGUUACAUUUUAACAAGAAAAAUGAACCAGGGGAUAAAUGUUUAAAGGAAAAAAAAAAAGAUACACAAGUGAUAAAACAGAAUUAUUAUUAUUAUUUUUAUUUUUUUUUUGCCAAUGGGUAGACAGGAUGCAUGGUGGGCAGUUCGCCGUUUGUGUGUCUACAUCUUCUUCAGCAUGCUGUCUCUGUGGAGCCCCUUUCCGUUCAUUACAGGACUUGAGCAGUGUUUUGGACAAACGUCCCUAUUCCCCAUCCACAGGUCUCAGCUCCAGCCUACCCCACUAUCACCUCCCCCCGAUCCCCCCCCGCCCCGCCGCGCCGCCACCCAUCCAACCGCCUCCCCCCACACCCACCUGCCACAGCGCCACCUGUCCCAGCACACAUCCCAACACAAGCAGCACUGAAGAAGAAGAGCAAGAGCAGCCACCGCACCCGCUUUCCACCCACUGACGAUGUCGCAGAGAAGAGCAACCCAUCAGCCUCCAACGUCACACUGUUGUUCCCGUGGAAAUAAAAAGAGAAAAAAAAUACAGAAAACGACUUAGAUGAAAGCAUCAGCACUUUUCACUUGCUCACAGUAUGUCUGCAUGGCUUUCUUUGGUUUGUUUGUUUAUGUUUGUUUGUCUGUCUGUCUGUCAGUUUCAUCCCAUGCUUUUUUUUUUCUGCAAGAUUUUGUUUGGUUUGUUUGUUUGAGUUCAUCGUUUGGUUCUUUAAUUUUUGCCAAUACUUGAUUGGUUAGCUGUGGGUGUGAAGUGCUUUAAGCAUUCUGGCGUACAAACUUCACUGAAGAUCUGCAGCCCCAAUGGCACCUGAUUCAUCAAACAGGGAAAGCCCUGUUUUCCCACUGCUAAAGUUUUGUUUGUUUGAGUGUGAACUUGCUAUUCAUUGUCAUUUGGUUACAAUCCCAUGUCAAGGUCAGACAGAACGUUGGAUCAUGACAUAUUUACUGUUUUCACUCUCAUUUGGGCUGAGAUGGAGGUAGUUAUUCUGAAAUGGUUACAUGAACUUCUAUCAUCUGACGCUUCCCAGAGUGUGUGGUGUGAAGAUUGAGCACUCAUCUCAGACGCAAUGUGAAACUAAGUGUAUUGCCAAUUCUGCCUGUGUUGGAUAGCAACUGAGAGGUGAGACCCUGGCCAUUUGCUUGAUGAAAUGUUUGUUACAACUUUUUAAGUUUUGCAUUGAAGAAAUAGAAAAGUGAAACUGAGGUUUGUGGUGGCACUGAGUUGAAGUGACUGAACUGCAGCACAGAAAUGUGUAAUAACACAGUGAUUACAUUUGACCUUGGUACAAGAUGGUGCUGCUGUUGACGUGGUUAGCAAAAGAAGGAAAAGAAAGCACUUCUGAACCCGUCAGCAGUUGUAUUGGAAGUGGUGCAUAGAGUUUGGAAGAGUUACUGCCCGUCACUUUGAUGAGCAAUGUGGAGCUUCUCCUGUCACCGGUUUAUGCCCUUGCGUGGUCACACAUUGCCAAAGUAAAGUUUUGCAGUCACAACAUUUCUGUAGAUCACAUGGAGGAUGGCCUAUGCCAGCUUUCAUUAAUCUCUGUCAUUUUAUGACAUUUUUAGAUGUUUCUUUAUUCAUCUUGUCUUGUGUAACUCAUCUCAGUCAAGCUGCAAUCAUUUAAGGAGGAAGUAGCCAUUGUUAUCCACCAAGUUUCAAUGUCCCAGAUUUAAGAGACGUAGAUUCCAUUGGGAUUUCUUUCCUGGUUAUUUAUUUGUUAUUUAUGCCAGAAUAUAUGUGUGAUUGAAUGUUUGAUAAAGAAUGAGUGUAGCCUUUACUACAUGUUGCCUCUUAGGGUUGUACAUAAUAACUUUGAAUUUGUUUCAAUGAAAAAAGGUUGGGAAGGUUGCAACACUAUCUCUUGCAUUUCGCAGAGGUUUUUUUUGUCUCAAUGAUAGAAAAAGUGACAUGUUCCUGUGUGUCAGUAAGAAAAAAAGAUGACAACCUUUGUUGUAAUUGUCAUAAAUAUCAAUGCAGAAGUUCACCAGUUUUUGUUUCUGUUCUUUUUGCUCCCUAUUAUUUUUUUUUAAUUAUUAUUGUUCCGUGUAAAGGGAAAAGUACCCUUUAGACCGUUGCUAUUUCCCAUACAGCAGUUAUUAGUAUUUCUGCACAUUCGUCACACGUUUUUACAUUUCAGUCCAUAAAAGCCUAGUCUGCUUUGCAGCACUUUUAUAACCAUAUGACUUGUGAAUUAAUAACACACAUAUGGACUAUAUGAAUUUAAACACACUUUGGGAUUAAAUUGUAUUUCUAUGUUAACCACUUGCCAUAUGAAAUGCAGAGUUGAGUUACAGUACAUUACAGUUAGUCUUGUUCCCUUCUGGUGGAAAUAGUGUAAGACUACAAUCAUGUAAUUCUGCAGAAAUAAUUAAAAGAUGGUUUUCAUAUAUACAUACAUGUGUAUUCUGUGCUUCUUGUUUCUGGUACAGGAUUUUUCUUGCAUAAUAUGUUCACAGAUUGCAAGCUUUUGCACAUCAAAUCAAACACACAAAUACCUGAAACACAGAAUCAAGAAGCAUAGACUACACAACAGUAUUGGGAAACUGUUUUACACUCUUCAGCAACUAUCCUAAUGUUCAGUACAGCAGGUUUAAAAAGCAUGCUACCACUUCCACUUGUUGAGGACCGAAGCAAAAUAAAUGUUCAUUUUCCCCAUAUAGCCUACUUAAUUUUAAAGAGGUUAAUACUGAGUUCCAAGCACAUAAAUUCUUGAUGAGAUUCUUCAUGCUUCGCCAUAACUUCCCAAACUAUCUGUGCACCACUCUUCUUGAUCAGUCCAGUGUCAUCGCAAACUCAGUUCACUGCUUUCUGUAGCAGUAUGAGAUUCCAUCAGUUGAAAGCCCAGACAGAGUAGCUGCCUCAUUAACAGAUAUCGAACAAGCACCAGAGAUGGUCACCAUGUGUGUGUUUCUCAGUAUGAUCUGUUUGUUCAGGAGAACUUUAACUGGAUUCACUUGUGCAAUUUUGGUAGCAGACAGCAGAAACACGUCAGUGCUCCUCAGUAUUUGGCAGCAUAAUGAUCAUAAAGGAUCCAACCUUAUGUGUAUGUGUGUGUAUGUUUCUUGUUACCAUCAAUCGCAUCAUAUUUUACAUUGUAUUUUAGCCCUAAACAUUUACAUUUAAUAUUUUUUUGCAGUCAUGUGCUGUAAUUAACGCAUUGAAUAGACAUGUUUGUAGACAUUCAAAAAAUCCAUGUAAACUGCAGUGUUAGGAGGCACUGUUAAACUAAGAUAUGGGCUUGUUCUUGGUUUUAUGUUUGAAAAAACACAAUCUCAUCUUCAUUUCUUUAAAAGACUGGAUAGCAACUGAGCAGGCAUGUCUGUUUCUUCAGAUCUAGGGUGAACCCACAUAAGUCAAGUCCUUGCCAAUGAUCAUACUGACAUUUAGGGUGGGGAGCUGAGUUUGUAGCCUUGUGAACUGAAAACUUGAAGUAAAAUCUUUCAUCAUUAUUUGUAUUUAUCAAUUGAAUGUGUGCCACUACUCAGCAAGGACAUAAGCCGUACAGUGUUUGAAUGGAUGUCUUCUCUUUUCUUCUUUUGCAGUCUGGUUGGAACUACUUUGAUGUACUGCAUUUUUAAAUGAGUUACUUUUUUAAGUUGUGUAAUUUAUUUCCUGGCAAAUAAAAAGGUCCGGUAAAGAG